GGCUUCGCGCUCGCACUCCGGCUCGGCAGCCCCAGCGCGCUCGCCUCUUCCCUCCGCUCCCGCCGCAGCCUCAGGGCCCCUCGCCGCCGCCACCAUGGACGCCAUCAAGAAGAAGAUGCAGAUGCUGAAGCUCGACAAGGAGAAUGCCUUGGAUCGAGCGGAGCAGGCCGAGGCCGAUAAGAAGGCGGCGGAAGACAGGAGCAAGCAGCUGGAGGAGGACAUCUCGGCCAAGGAGAAGCUGCUGCGGGUGUCGGAGGACGAGCGGGACCGGGUGCUGGAGGAGCUACACAAGGCGGAGGACAGCCUCCUGGCCGCCGACGAAGCCGCCGCCAAGGCUGAAGCCGAUGUAGCGUCUCUGAACAGACGCAUCCAGCUGGUUGAGGAGGAGCUGGAUCGCGCCCAGGAGCGUCUCGCAACAGCCUUGCAGAAGCUGGAGGAGGCCGAGAAGGCAGCAGACGAGAGUGAGAGAGGCAUGAAAGUCAUUGAAAGCCGAGCCCAAAAGGAUGAGGAAAAAAUGGAAAUUCAGGAGAUCCAACUGAAAGAGGCCAAGCACAUUGCUGAAGAUGCCGACCGCAAGUAUGAAGAGGUGGCCCGCAAGCUGGUCAUCAUUGAGAGCGACCUGGAACGUGCAGAGGAGCGGGCCGAGCUCUCAGAAGGCCAAGUUCGACAGCUGGAAGAACAAUUAAGAAUAAUGGAUCAGACCUUGAAAGCAUUAAUGGCUGCAGAGGAUAAGUACUCGCAGAAGGAAGACAAGUAUGAAGAAGAGAUCAAGGUGCUUUCUGACAAGCUGAAGGAGGCUGAGACUCGGGCUGAGUUUGCAGAGAGGUCGGUAACUAAGUUGGAGAAAAGCAUUGAUGACUUAGAAGAUCAACUCUACCAGCAACUUGAGCAAAACCGCCGCCUAACUAAUGAACUAAAGCUGGCCCUGAAUGAGGAUUAGAACCCUCAGGGUGAAAACACACGGGUUGCAUUCUAGGAAUGCAACCCACGUGCAGGAACUCUUAAGCCCUACUUUCCACGAAUUGGGUUGAAAAACAGUUGCUUUCUGCAGAAAUGCAAAUUAAAGGAAUCGGCCAGAAAGCCGACCUUGCCUGCGUUUUCCUGUAUUUAUCUGGAGUGAUUAAGUUCUCCCUAAUCUCCACACGGCUUUUGUGAUAAAACACAUAUGUUACAUAUAUGGGUGAAUAUCUUUAACAGUCAACCCAGCUGCAUACAAUAGCUGGUCCUCUGUUUGAACCAAUAUGUAAUGAGGACCAAAAAAAUGUUUUCUGUUUUCCACAAUUGUGAGUCCUGCUUUUAAGUAUAUAUACAUCUAUUACAAAUAUGUAAUUUUAUAUAUUGCAUAUUCGUGUUCGUAACUCCCUCAUAUCUGGUGUCAUGUUUGAAAUAUUUAAUGUAGCUUUUGAAAAAUAGCUUUUGAAAACAGGAGCUCAUGUCAGGAGCUGGUUAUGUGAAAGGUAUGCUUUAUCCAGUCUAAUGGUGGUGUUGGGGAGCGUGUCCUGCUAAUAAAUAGAGCACUAUAAAAAUACUGAGAAUGUCCUAAUGAAGUAUGCAUGAAAUGUGUCGGUCAUUUUCUUACAAGCAUCAGAAAUAAAUUACUGCAGAAGUCAUCAGAAAACCUAUGGAUGCCAUCGUUGUUUUCUGUGAGCUUGUGCCCCAGCACGACUCCAGACCUUUAACUGCCUGUAACUCUGCUGUCAUUAAUUUCCCCCGUGUGUGUAGCUGUGCCGCAAGCUGAGUUUGGUUUUUGCCUCUCCCUGUUCCCACGGCACACGGUCAGUGCACCCUCACCAGACACCACGUAUGUUUUAUUCUUGGCAUGGAUUGUUGGUGAGGGUGCACCUGUCCGCUCUGAGAAUCCACCGUGCCUGUGGUGCCUCUGGGUCGGAGGCGCCCUCCCCCUCCGUAGGUCCCUGUCUGGAAGUGAGUAAUGUCUUACAAGCAUGCCUAGUUCUAAUCGUCUCAGCCUGUGUGUGUGAUUGAUACUCGCCUGAAGCUCCAUGGUGCCCAAAGCACAGCUAUUCAUGACUGAAU